AUGGACCAGAGCAAUGUGGUGGCCGUCGCCGCCGGGGUGCUGCUCGCCACGGCCCUGCUCGGUUUGUGCGUCAAUCGCGUAUAUUUCUCCCCUCUGGCACACAUCCCUGGCCCUCUGCUGGCAAAGGUCAGCUACUGGUACGAGUUCUACUACGACGUCGUCCUGCGAGGGCAGUACACGUUCAAGAUCCAGAAACUGCACGAGCGCUACGGCCCCAUUGUCCGCAUCAACCCGGCCGAAGUCCACUUCGCCGACCCGGACUUCUACGAUGUCAUCUACGCCGGCCCUGCGGCGCCGGCGGCGCAGAAGCAGAAGCGGGACAAGUGGUCGUGGUUCUAUCGCCAGUUUGGCCUGCCGGACUCGACCUUGGCGACCGUCGGGCACGAUCACCACCUCCUGCGUCGCAGCGCCUUGAACCCCUUUUUCUCAAAGGCCAGAGUGCAGAGUCUGCAGCCGCUCAUCGAGGACGCGGUGCGCAAGCUGCUCGCCCGGUUCGAGGAGUUCCAGAUGCUGGGUGACCCUCUCCCGAUCUCGCUGGCCUUUGCGGCCCUGACCAAUGAUAUCGCCGAGCAGUAUGUCCUGGGCCACAACGACAACCGCGUCCUGGCCAGAGACUUUGACCCGAGCUUCCACGACGCCUCGCUCGCGCGGAGCACAAGGGGCCAUCUGACCAAGCAGUUUCCCUUCCUUCUCUCGCUGACGCAGCUCCUCCCGGACGACCUGACGAUCAUGUUUAAUCGGAGCAUGGCGUCUUACGUGAAGCUUCGGCGAGAUAUCAAAGCCCAAAUCGAGCUCAUCCAACGCCAACGCGACACCGCCGUGUCCAAAUCCCCCACGCCGGCGGCGGCGGCGGCCCAGACCACCAUCUUCCACGAGAUCCUGAACAGUGACCUUCCCGAGGCCGAAAAGUCCACCUCCCGCCUCUGGCAGGAAGGGCAGGCCGCGGUCGUCGCGGGCACGCUCACGACCGCGGCCGCGCUGUCGUGCACGCUUUUCAGCCUGCUCUCCCAGCCCGAGCUGCUGCGACGGCUGAAGACGGAACUGCUGGUGGCGAUGCCGAGCCCGACCCGGCCGCCCCGGCUCGCGGUGCUGGAGCAGCUGCCCUACGUGGCCGCCUGCGUCAAGGAAGGGCUCCGGCUGAGCAACGGGGUGAGCACGCGCCUGCCGCGGCUCACCCCGGACCACGCGCUCGUCUUCGUCGACCGGCACCGGCACAAGGGCAGACGCUACGUCCUGCCCCCGGCGACCCCGCUGUCCAUGACGGGCAUGCUCUUGCACCUCGACGAGACCGUCUUCCCGGCCCCGCUGUCCUUCAACCCGGACCGCUGGCUCGACGGGCCCGCUAGCGCCGCGCGCGAAAAGUCCCUGGUGCCCUUCUCGCGCGGCGCAAGGCAGUGCGUCGGCGUGGACCUGGCGCGCGCCGAGAUCUUCCUCACCCUCGCCAUGGUGUUCCGCGUCUACGGCAGCCCUGAGGUCAAGAUGAAGGGCGACCGCGGGGCCCUGGAGCUCUUCGAGACCGACUGGGCGAGCGACGUCGAGAUCGUGGGCGACGGCGUCGCGCCGCUGAACCGCAAGGGGAGUCGAGGGAUCCGCAUCAAGGUCAAGUAG